UUCAUAAUUUCAAAAUAUCAUGUUUCGCACCAUUUUGUAAAUGAAUUACUAACUAUUUUACGUGAUGAAGAAUUGGAUGUGCCUAAAGAUGUAAGAACUUUACUAAGAACACCUAAAUCAAAUAGUCAUAACAUUUUGAAUAUAAAUCCAGGAACUUAUAUCCAUUUUGGGGUACAUAAUAUGUUAAUGCCAAUAAUAUCUAAAUUUUUUGAUGAACUACAUAAUACAUCUUUGUUAGAAUUAGGAUGUAAUAUUGAUGGUCUUCCAAUUUCUAAAAGUUCAAAAGCAUGUUUCUGGCCUAUACUAGUUUCAUUUGUUAAUUGCAAUAUUUAUAAUUUAUCAAAAAUUGUCAUACCUAUUGGAAUAUAUUACCAUAAAAGCAAAAAACCUUCAUCAGCCUCAGAGUUUUUAACACAUUUCAUAUCUGAAAUGAAAAUUAUUAUUGAUAGUGGUGGCUUACGUAUAAAUGAAAAAACUUUUCAGUUAAAAAUUAGUCAAGUUGUGUGUGAUGCCCCAGCUAAGGCUUUUAUAUUAAAUGUCAAAGGUCAUAAUGCCUACCAUUCAUGUAAUUCUUGCAUUGUAGAAGGUUCUUUUAUUAAUAAUCGUAUGUCCUAUUUAGAUAUUAACUGUACCCUACGAACAAAUGAAUCAUUUAGAGAAAAAUUAGAUGAAUAUUACCACAAAGGUGAUGAAAGCCCUUUAGAAACAUUGGAUAUUAACAUUACUAAUGUAGUAGUACUCGAAUAUAUGCACAAUAUUUGCCUAGGAGUUAUGAAAAAAUUAUUAAGCUUCUGGGUAAAAGGUUUAAAACCUAUAAGACUUUUAUCAGUACACGUGGAUUUAAUUAAUUCUGAUUUGAUUGAUCUUGGACAAUAUUUGCCCUCUGAAUUUUGUAGACAACCUAGAUCACUAGAUGAUAUGGAGUUUUGGAAAGCUUCAGAGUUCCGAUGUUUUCUUCUUUACACAGGGCCCAUUGUUUUAAAAGGUCGCUUAAAAAAAAAACUCUAUUCUCAUUUCAUUAUUUUACAUUGUGCUAUACGACUAUUGAUGUCUGAUAAAACAUGUAUUCUUUUUAAUGAUGUUGCAAAUGAUAUGCUUAGGUCUUUUGUUAGAAAGUAUUCAAUAUUAUACGGAGAGGAUACCAUAAAUUAUAAUGUUCACGGACUUAUUCACGUACCAAAUUUUGUUAAACUGCAUGGUCCCCUUGAUAAUUUUUCCGCAUUCAAAUAUGAGAAUUAUUUAGGAUUUCUAAAAAAAAUUACAAAAAAUGGUAGUUAUCCCUUAGAAGAUAUAUAUAACAGAGUAAUUGAAUACAAUAGAUUUAAUAAUUUAAAUACUGAUGUCACUUAUCCAAUCUUGAAAAAUGAAAUAGAUUAUUAUGGUCCCUUGUAUGGAAAAAAUUUGUUAGUUACUUAUUAUGAUUCAAUAAUCUUACAAAAAUUCUCAAUAACUUGUAAUAAUUUAAAAGAUAACACGUUUUUAUUACAUUCAAAUGAUGUUGUUUCAGUAAAAAAAAAUUAUUCAAUAUCCCAACUCUAG